UUCAUCUCAGAUUCUCAUUUCGUUCAUCUCACACUCAAAAAACACUUUCCCCUUUAUUCUCGCUUUCUCUCUCUCUCUCUCUCUCUAGAAAAUUCCGAUGGCGCCCAAGGCAGAGAAGAAGCCAGCGGAGAAGAAGCCAGCGGAGGAGAAGAAGACCGCGGCGGCCGAGAAGGCCCCGGCGGAGAAGAAGCCCAAGGCCGGGAAGAAACUCCCCAAGGACGCCUCCGCCGCGGCGGCCGGAGACAAGAAGAAGAAGAGGUCGAAGAAGAGCGUGGAGACGUACAAGAUCUACAUCUUCAAGGUGCUGAAGCAGGUGCACCCCGACAUCGGGAUCUCGAGCAAGGCCAUGGGGAUCAUGAACAGCUUCAUCAACGAUAUCUUCGAGAAGCUCGCCCAGGAGGCGUCGAGGCUGGCGAGGUACAACAAGAAGCCGACGAUUACGUCCAGGGAGAUCCAGACGGCUGUGAGGCUUGUGCUGCCUGGGGAGUUGGCGAAGCACGCUGUUUCUGAGGGGACGAAGGCUGUGACUAAGUUUACUAGCUCUUGAAUUGGGUUCUAGGGUUAGGGUUUCAUUGCAACUAGUGAUGCUGUGUCUGUUUUGUGUUUUUUGGGUUGUUGGUAUGGAAGUAGAUGGUUUCAUGUAAGUACUGGCGCUUUGUUCUGAAAUGAAAUUGCCUUUAUCGUCUUA